GAGUUAAUAACUUUUAGUUAAAGUAGGCUUUAGUAACAAAGAUUAGUUUCGUUAGAGGAAAUAUUGAACAAAAUAUCCAGGAAAACUGUCUGGAGACAUUCUGAUGUAAGCCGAAUGAACCACAGAACUCUUUGUAAUAUGAUGCUCAGGCGACAGAUAUGAAUUUGUAAACCAUAUGCACAACGUGCACGUCGACGCAGAACGAUGCGUGUAUCCGUCAGCACUUGUGCACGUCGUCCGCUGCGCUUCUGCGGAAUUUGCGGGGCUGUAGUCGGACUCCCGAAGACAGACGCCCACCUUGAAAAUAAUGAACAACAAAUUUGACGCUCUGAAAGAUGAUGACAGUGGCGACCAUGACCAAGACAAUGUCUCACCGAAAGACUGUGAAAAGGAAAAAAGUGAAGAUGAGGAGAAGGACCCAAGCGCUGCCAAGAGAAAAGUAGUGAUUCCGGGGGCAGGGGAACACCCUCUGCAGUAUAACUACACCUUUUGGUACUCCCGUCGCACUCCAGGACGGCCCGCUAGCUCUCAGAGCUACGAGCAGAACAUCAAACAGAUCGGCAGCUUUGCCUCGGUGGAGCAGUUCUGGCGAUUUUACAGUCAUAUGAUCAGACCAGGUGAUCUGACUGGCCAUAGUGAUUUCCACCUGUUCAAGGAGGGCAUCAAACCGAUGUGGGAGGACGAUGCCAAUAAGAGCGGGGGGAAGUGGAUCAUCCGUCUGCGUAAGGGCCUGGCGUCGCGCUGCUGGGAGAACCUCAUCCUGGCCAUGCUGGGGGAGCAGUUCAUGGUGGGCGAGGAGAUCUGCGGAGCCGUGGUGUCCGUGCGCUUCCAGGUGCCCCACCCCCGUCACUCCAGCAACACCGCCACACCGCUGCUGCUGCUAGACAGGAGGAUAUCAUAUCCAUAUGGAACAAAACGGCCAGUGACCAGGCCACCACCGCACGCAUUAGAGACACGCUACGACGAGUUCUCAACCUGCCCCCCAACACCAUCAUGGAGUACAAGACGCACACAGACAGCAUCAAGGCUUGGGAAGACUUCCAUGGCCUUGUGAAUGCUAGUGGGGGACGCUAAGGUCUUCUUCAGCAAGUCUAUGCCAAGGAUUUCUUCUAUUUUUAUUUUUGGACGAAGAGCAAUGCUCACCAUGGAUGAUACCUGGCUGUUGGACGAGAGGUUCCUGUCUUAAAACAUACCAUACAAACAAAACAGAGAUGACCAGUAAAUCCACAUUAAAGAAGAAUGGAACCAGGUGCUCAACAGGGAAGCAAUGUGUUGAAUGGAAACUAGAGAGGAUUGGGAAUCUCAUGCUCCUGAUGCAUGCAGUCCCUAUAGACAACCACCAGGGGGCACUCUUAUGAUGACAAACUUAAUACUGUCGCUGUGAUCUAGAGAAGUAGACUGUUGACAGUCUACACAACAUUCAACCAACCAACCAAGUGAUGUACAGGAGUCGAUGCACCAAGAUUUUAAAAAGUUUACGGUCUAUGAAUUCUGACAACUUUUCAUUGAGCAGCUGUAGCUGUAUGUAUUUGGCAUAAAGAGAAAAAACAGGGUUGCAGGUAUAGUUUUACUAAAGUGCAGUAUUUUAACUGUAGUGUUUUAAGUUGUUUGAACUAGAGCAGUUGUGGGAAAAUGUUAUAUUUCUAAAAUGUUAUUUUGGAAGAUGUACAUUUUUGGGGAAUCAUUCUUGAUUUCUUCCCUUUGAUCUGACAUUUUUGGAAUCCAAAGGUUGAGCGUUGAAAAAAAGGGGUGAGGCCCGUGUAGGGUUACGUGUGUGUGUAUAUGUGUCGGUGACGGCCUCUGUAGGAUGGACCGCCAUGCUGCCUGUAGCACUGUGCCUGGCCUUGAAGCUUACCGUCCUCUCUUCUCGCCCCCCAAAGAGAUUUUGUGUGCGUGUUUUUUUUUUUUUUUUUUUU